AUGUCAGUUUCUGAUGUGGAGGAAAAAUCAACAGUUUCUGAUGUGGAGAUGCAAUUAGUCAAUCACCAGAAUUGCGUUAUUGCCGAACUAGUUUCUUUGAACCAGGACCUCGUCAAGCGAGUAAGUGAGCUGGAAAAUCGUCUGGUGCUUCCAAGUGGUCAUAGCUCUGUUGUCACACGCAAACUGCCAAACGCGUCGGAUGUGCCGAACACAGAAAUGGAAUCGAAAGCAGUAGUUUUGAAGAAGAAAUCGUGUGGAACCAAUGCUCUUUCGAAGUCUCCUGCAGCAAUUUGGUACGAAUGGUACGCCAAAACACCUCGGCUUUGGGAUGUAUCUUCUAAUCGCCAAAAGAAGUCAGCGUACAAGCAGAUCACCAACUACAUGAAGCUGUUCUUGCCCGAAGGGUUUGCUCUUGACCCAUCAACGCCAUCGUAUUGUGACGAAGUGAUGCGUGCUGGAAUGCAGGUGGAGCGUUGUCUGUUUGAAUUCUUCGGCGAUCACGGAAUUAAAAGCAGAAAUGGAUCAUCAGUCUUGAAGCAACUUCGGAAACUUCACCGAGAAGGCAAACUCGAGCUACUCAUCAAGGCGUAUGUAGCGCGGGUCAACACUGGCAAGAUCUCCGACCCAGCCCCUAAUCACGUGUAA